AUGGCCACUGGAUGGAGUGCCACCGCCGUGGAUCCUCACCGGCAUCACCCUCGCCCGCCGUCCCGUGACCCUGAUACGACUGGCACUCCGCCGCCUUGCCCAUUGAUUUCUGCCGCGCUGCGCUACUUCGCUCACGUCGCCCCGGCCCCCUUCCGCUCCGUCCACGCGAGCUCCUCAAGUUCCGCGUCCGCCGUGGCCGUGGAGCACAUCGGCGUCGUCCUCGCUAGCGGCGCAAAGUCCCUCUGCUUCCCUGCUCCAAAUCAACCGUCAAGCGUCGCUGCCUCCCCACGUGCCGUCCCGGAGUUCCGUGCCAAGCCGCCGGCUUCCUUCGCGCCGUUCCUGCCGCCCGAGUCACCGGCGAGCUCCUCCCGCUCCGUCGCCUCUUCUGCUUCAAGCCACUCGGUCCGCAUCGAUGGUGGAGCCGUGAUGGUCUCUUCUCGGCAGGGUCCAGGAAGUGAACACAGUGUUGGAGUUAUGCUUGAACGUGCCGAUGAUACCAGUGCAGGUGACACAGCUGAGCUCAAGUGGGAGCUCGAUGAAGAUCGUGUUCGUUGUGUUGUUUCGUUUCCAGUUGAUCAGUAG